AUAAACAACAUCUUUUACUCUCUCUAGAUGUGCUUGGACAUCCAUUCGGCCGAGUCCCUUCUCCUAGACCUUUUCAGCGCAAUGAGGAAGAGAGUAAAGUGAUAUUAUCAGAUACUGCUGAUCCAAUUGGUAAAGAAGUACUUGCAGUAUUAGGCUAUACCACUAAAGUCUACUUCAAUGCUUGCUGUAACCCUAGUCCACUCUUUGACGAUACCAUGGUCCUCCGUUGUCUACCGUUGUCCAUUGGUCCAGGGUACAUCGGUGAUACUAUACAGGAGCUGGUUCAGUUAUUAUUGAAGUUAUGUAAGGACCCGUUGGAUGCCAUUAAGCUUCUUCCAGACGAGGCCAGUGGUGUACAGGUACAUGCUGUGUCUCCCGUCACUGGGGGCGUGGCCACAAGACAUUUUAUCUCGCCCACUAAACUCUCAAGUUAUUGGAGUGAUGUGUAUUAUUAUGGUAAUUUGUUUAAAUGUUGCGAGAACUUUCUAUCGGCAACUCCUCCUUCGUCUCCUUGCCUCUUGUGUCACUCUUUUGAAUCCUUUGCUGAGAAUCUUGAAAUCAUUGAUAGUGAAGUCACUCCCAGUACUCUGAGCAAUCAAGAUGAUCAGUUUGUUCCACUUGCUGCUAGCGAAACUGUUACCGUGGUGACAGAGGACCACCCUUCUCCUGAUGGAAUCCAUUAUGUUGCUUAUUCACGUCCUCAAAACACGACUGAGGAGACCACGCCCACUAUUGUAAGACGUAGCUCUCGUAAAAGGACGGGUACCACCACUCCCAGUGGAACCAGUAGCACUACCACUGGAGAGGAAGAGAACAGAACUAAGAGAAUAUGUAGUUGAUGGAACCUUCAUUCUACCAUAUACUGAUACACUGAUCAGUUAACGCAGCCAUUAUACAUGUUGAUCCACUAGUCCCAUUCUGUUUAAAUCGUCCAUCACAAAAAUGCACUAUACUAAUAAUUUUUUGAUAUUUUUAGUUCCCAUUCCAGUUGCACUA